AUGGCUCCCAAGAGUUCGCUGGGCUCCUUGAGCCAGAUGGCCAGCAGCAUCAAGGCCAAGACGGCUGCCGCUAAGCCUUCGAGCUCGCUCCCUGCCGCAUCCGCCGCCUUGAAGAGCAAGCAGCCCGUCGACGACUCGGACAGCGACACGAGCAGUUCCGACGGCAGCAGCAGUGGCAGCGACAGCGACUCCGAGGACAACCUCGCCGCCGCCAAGAGGAAACUCGACAACCAGAUCGCCGCAAAGAAGCAAGCUGCAACGGCGACCACCAAGGCCAAGGUGAACGGCACCACUGCCAAGGCAUCACCUGCCACUGCGAAAGCGAAAGCCACAGCAGCAACCGCGAAGAAGCUUGCCCAGGAGUCCAGCUCGGAUACAAGCUCUGACUCGGACUCGGACUCGGACUCGGACGACGAGGUCGCGAACCCGGCUCCCAAGAAGGGCGCAGCCACUACGAAGAAGCCCAGCACGGCAGCACCGGCCAGCGACUCGAGCGAUAGCGGUAGUAGCAGCAGCAACAGCAGUGAGAGUGGCAGUGGCAGUGACAGUGACAGCGACAGCGAAUCGGAAGCUGGCGCAAAGGUGAAGCCCGCAACUACAGCACAGACUGUCGCCAAAUCUGCCAAGCCUGCUCUCGAGGCCGAGCAAGUUGCAGAAAGCAGUAGUGAGUCGGAGUCUGAGGACGAAGACACUUCAACUGCCGUUGCUAGAGUCAAUGGCGACUCGGCCAAGGGGAUCUCGCGCCCUGAGUGGCUGGACAAGUCUGACUUUACGCUCCGCAAGGCCUCUUCUGAGAACCCUGGCAAGGAAGUCUCGGACUUUUUGAGCAAGUCGAACCUGGAAGGCAAGCAGGUCUGGUAUUUCACCGCCCCUGCGUCCCUACCUAUCACCGUCAUCAAGGACAUGGAGAUCGAUCUGGCCAAAGCCCAGUCCGGGGGCGCUAUUCUGAACCACAAGGGCGAUAGCUACGGCCUGGACCUCGAGCCCUAUGCUACCAGCACUCAGGUCCAGCUGUUGAUACCCUCCAAGGGCGGAGACAAGUACAGCACUGUGAACCGUGCCAUCGACUCCACCGUCCAUUUGCGCCGUAUGGCUGAAUUCGGCGGUGCCAUCAAGGCCAGCUCUACAGCUACCGACCAGUAUGUGCGCAAGCUGAAGCCGAUCCGAGAGCAGCCAAAGAACCUCAAGGCACGGUUCACACCCAUUGGGGUGCCUUCCCAGAAGCCGGCACCUAUCCAGACAUCUUCGUCAGCUUCGGCAACGAAGAAGACUACCAAGCCCACCCCGGACACAAGCAGCUCGUCUGAGAGUGACUCAGAUGUCGAGAUGACCAAUGCUGCCACCUUGCCCCCCUCAGUUCUGUCCGCCAAGACCAAGGCCUCUACCAAAGCAACUGCUGGCUCGAAGCGGAAGCAGCUCUCCGACGAUGACAGCUCGGAUGACGACACCAGCUCCAGUGACGACAGUGAUUCUGAGAAACCUUCUGCGCCACCCGCCAAGGCACCCAAGUUGGCAGAGAAGUCUACCAAACGCGCCAAGACUGGGUCUUCAUCCAGGACCAAGGCCAAGGACACAGCAACCCCCAGCUCACAGGUAAAGAAGCCGACCCCUGUACCACCUCCUACCGUUGGUCGAUCAGUGUCGGACCUUCCGGCAGCCAAGGGCACUCCGUCAAAAGAACCCGAUUCCUCAAGUGGCAAAAGGAACGAGAAGAAGACCAAAAACGCUGACACCACCAUCAAGGCCGACAAGAAAAUGUCCAAGACGCCCAUUCCUCUCCCAAAACUUCCAUCGAUGAGUUCCGGCAGCUAG